AUGUUUUCUGCUUCUCAAGCACAAACAAAUAUACUGCAGAAUAUACAAUCGUCACGAAAACUUCCAAGCUGCCUUCCAAUACUGAAAUCGUUCUGGCCUUACUUACUGAUGCAUCUACCGGAGGUUGGCUCGAUCAACAUGUGUCCACAAGAACAUCACCUGAAGAACUCUACCAGCGGAUUCAGUUCUGGGAUUCCAGCAACGAUGGAAUUUUCAAAAGGGAACACUCCACUGGACCGAAUUAGUCCACCGAGACAAUAUGAACAUGGAAAUGACGAAACAUCAUGCAGAACAAGGAAUAAUACCGCACUUUCUGAACUGUCGAAUUCUGACCUCUUGGGUGACCUAAACCAGGUGGGAAGGAAACGAACGAGAACAAACUAUUCUGGACAGCAGAUAACCGAAUUGGAGUUUGUCUUCCGUCUAAGUCAUUAUCCCAACAGAUGCACGCGUGAAGAGCUGGCUCAGAGGUUGUGUCUACCGGAGUCCCGCAUACAGGUGUGGUUUCAGAAUCGGAGAGCGAAAUGGAGAAAGCGAGAAAACACUCGAAAAGGACCUGGAAGACCUGCUCAUAAUGCGCAACCACUGACCUGUUCCGGCGAACCGAUUGACCCACAAGAACUGAUGGAACGAGAAAUGAGUCGACUGGAAAGACGCCGGAUGAAGGCAUUUAAGAAACAAAUGCAGAACGAACAAAAGCGGAAAGUACAACUGAUCAAACGUCAACACGAAGAACUGCGCAUUCGUUGGGCAGCCUAUACAGGGGCUAACAAGAACGACUCAAACUGUGACGAUCCCAAAGGCUUGCAGGAUCUACUGAUGCAGUCAAAGUGUCAAAAGAUUCCUUCCCUCAUUCCUGUUAAACCUUUAUUCAUCGAGUCUUCAACAAAUAAAUCACGCCCAACAUGCAGUGUAUCUGCACCAGAAGCCACAACCACAAUCUCUCCGUCGUGGUCAACCGAAAGCAAUCAUUCCACCUUUUCAUCAUUACAUGACAGCCGUAAUAAUAAUUUCCGACUCUCGUCAGACAUAUCUCGAACAGCAACUCCUGAGCCCACCAAUCCAAAGAAGCCCUAUCUUUUUAGUAUUGACAGUAUAAUCAAUCCUGAUUCUCAUCCCCUUAAACUCCUCCCCAGGUGA